UCAGCUAAAGCCUGGUCGAGAAAGAGAAUGCAAACCGUAAAGGAGAAGAUUGGCAACAUGAGCAGCAGCGCCAAGGAGCAUGUUAGCACUGGCAAAGCUAAAGUUGAAGAAAAGUUGGAGAAAGCAGCUGCAACGACUGAAGAUGAGAAGAAGUUGGCUCAUGAACGUAAAAAGGCCAAGGAAGCUCGAGCAAAGAUGGAGCUGCAUCAGGAUAAGGUCAAGCACUUGGAGGAGAAAUUGACGCCUAAACAACCCCAAUAUCUCCAUGGCUAUGGAUAUGACCUUGACCAUGACCCAGCACUUCAACCCGAACAAACCACGGCUCCUCCCUAUCAUCUUACGGCUCACCCCCCGCCUCACAGGCAUUCAUAAGGGUUGAGACAAAGGCC